ACACAUAUAUAUGUAUAUGCUCACGUAGUGUUUGGUUGUACGCUUGUAGUCCCCCACUGUCUCUCUCUCUCUCUCCCUCUCUCAAGUCUGAACUGUUCCAAGACUCCAUUCUCUCUCAUCAUUCCAUUCACCACCGGACUCAGUCGCGGACCUCUCAAGAUCAAUUUCAGGUAAUUGCUCUAUCUGUACUAGGAAAUCCACCGGCGACCGGCGAAGCAGAAACGAUGUCGUUCAAGAACCCACCUGAAGUCUCUUCAAAACAGGCCGAUCCGACGUCGGAAAAGCCGGUGACUCCGCCGUCAACUUACGUCAUCCAGGUAGCCAAGGACCAGAUCUACCGUUACCCGCCGCCGGAGAACGCCCGCCGCUACCAGAGCUACAGCCGCCAGAAGCCUAAGCACAGAUGCUGCUGCCGCUGCCUCUGCUGGACCCUCGGCCUCGCAGCCCUCCUCGUCGUCCUCCUCGCCGUCGCCGCCGGCGUCUUCUACCUCGUUGUCCGGCCUGAACUCCCCAAGUACUCCGUCAACAGCAUUGCCAUACGGGGAUUCAACCUGACGUCGUCGUCGUCGAUCUCCCCGGAGUUUGACGUCACCGUCAGAGCUCAAAACCCUAACGACAAGAUCGGUAUCGAUUACGAGAAAGGAAGCUCUGUUAUGGUCUACUACACGGACGUCCACUUGUGCGACGGCGUUUUGCCGGCGUUUUACCAGCCGUCCAACAACGUCACGGUUUUUGAGACGGCGUUGAAGGGUUCUAAAGUGGUUUUAUCGAGCGCCGUUCACUCGGCGUUAGUGGCGGAACUGAAGCGGAAAACGGUGCCGUUCAGGUUGAACUUGAGAGCUCCCGUUAAGGUCAAGGUUGGUGGCGUUAAGACGUGGACGAUUACCGUUAAGGUGAAAUGUGAUGUGACGGUGGAUAACUUAACGGCGGAAUCAAAGAUUGUUUCUAAGGAUUGUGACAUUAGUGUGAAAUUGUGGUAGCUUAGUAGAAAAUUACUCCUAAUUAGUUUGAUUUGGAUUGUAGAGAAUAGAAACCCACAGGUGAUUUAUACUUCUGGUGAUGAUUCAUACCCUUUUAUAAUUAAAUUUAAUCUAUUGAAAAUUAUACAUUUUUUAUAAUUAAA